UCUGAUGUCAGAUUCUAUGAUGGAAAACAAAAAUCUUAUAAAUAUUUUAAUCUAAUAAGUAUGGUUACUAAGAACAAAUAUGUGUUUUUAUUUGCAUGUCACCAUCUCAGCACAAGUUUUUUAUAAAAAAAAUUAGUAUCAUCCAACGAGCUUUUUACUGACCACAUAUUUUGAUGACGUUUUACGUAUAAAUAUAGUUGCGUGCGUAAAAUUAAUGUGUGUCAAGUAGAAUCUAUUGCUGUGCAGGCGGACAAGAAGGUUUUGUGUAAAUUUGCCAAAUAAUGACGGACAGUGACACAGGAGCCAAUUCAUCUGCCAAUUCAGAAGAGCAGACUACUCUGCUUACUAAAAAUGCAAAAAAGCAGGAUGACAUCGCUCAUCAGUUUGUGUUGCCUGAACGUCAAGCAAAGCUGAAUCUUCUCAUCAAGGCCAUGGAGAUGACAUCUAGUGACGAGACAGCCCCUCAAGGGGCGAAACAAGGGGAGACAAUCUACUGCAUAUGCCGCACAACGGAUUGUUUACGGUUCAUGAUUGGCUGUGAUAACUGCGAGGAGUGGUACCAUGGUGACUGUAUUGGAAUAACCCAGUUGGACGCCCGAACCAUCAAGCGUUACUACUGCACGUUUUGUAGACGUAUUUAAUACAGUAAGUUCAAAGCCAAAUAAUAAGAAGACAAAGAAGAAAUACCGUUACAGUAGUGUCUGAUAUAUUUUAUGUGUUUGUAGAAUAAAAUAAAAUUAUCAAGAUAUAUUAACCAAAAACGCAUUUAAUGGUUAAAGAAUUUAACCCACCCCAAUAAUGAAUAAUUAAAUUAAAUAUCCCAGAAUGCACCCACAGACAUCUUGAAUUAACAAAAAAGAGAGAAGAAAGUCUAUACAUCAUUUAUGUGGCAUGUAAUCGGAGGGGACUUUGUUUUCACCAAAGUGAGUUACAGACUCAAUUCCUAUCCUCACCCCGAAAGAAACCCCCUCCACCCAAUAAUUAUUUACCGUUAUGCUACCCACAACUGAUACUGCCACAACCCCACCCCCGCCCCUUUUUCUGACCCAAGUAGAAGCGUACGUCACUUCUUAUCAUCGGAACGAGUACUACAAU